AAAAGUUAUGAAACGACUAUAAAUAUAAGAUUAAGAUUCAAUGCUUCGCUUCCAUAUCGUUUUCAUUUGUCCAGUUGUUGUGUCACGCCUGAUGAAAUUAGUACAAGUGUGAACUAAAAAAAGAAUUCUACAGAAAUCUUUAAAGGCGCGGAGAGAAAAUCCUCUCACAAUAUGGAGAAUUCAAUUUUCCUUCAGGUUCCAGUAGACUUUCAGUUUCUCUCAGUCUGUCACUAUAUUAUCAACUUGGGGAUCAUUUUUAACCAGGAAAAUUUAAUUACAAUCGAUGAAAGCAAUCAGACGAUCAUUAUACUAAAUAAAUUGUUCGAUUAUCUCGACAGUUCGGAAAAUGAAUCAGACACGAAAUUUCAACUGCUACACAAAAUGUUGAAGGGAACGGAUUUAUACGGUGGUGGUGAUUAUCAAGAACUAGACAUGAAAUACGUUAAUGAAACCUAUCAAUACCUCAUUGGUACUACACUCUUUGCUCACUACGGUAACAUUAACGAAUAUUUAGCUCGAGUAAUUCGACAAUCUGACGACAUAACAUAUUCGGUAUUUAAGGAAAACGUGUUUAACCACUUUUCCCAAAAUUACCAAAUUCGGGAUUAUUGUUCAAAAGAUGGCAAAACGAAUACAAAACUCACUGAUUUUGCAAUGGAAAAAAUUUUCAACGAUUAUAUUUGGCAAAUAUUUCCCGAACCACAAUCAACAGAAAUGAGUAUAAUGGACGUUGACUAUAUAUAUGCAAUGAUUGGUUUAAAAAUUGUCCGUUCAACACCAGGUGAUGUACCAUUAUGUGAUUUUAAAAAUUGUCUAAUAAUUGCCCAAGAGCUUGAUUAUCAACAAGUUGACGAUGAACCAACUUAUAAGAUGUUUUUAUCUUUAUUUUCAAUACCCGCACUAUUUUAUUAUGCCUAUAAUGAAAAAUCGCAGUUUGAUAAUCAAAUUUCCAAAUUAGAUGAUAAAUUCUGGAAUGAAGCAUAUCAGAAAUUCUUUUCAUAUUUUCAUUCUUCAGUUAAUAAUAUUGUGCAAGAAAUUAUUGAUAAUAAUCUUUAUGAUAAACUUCGAACUGAAAGGGAAUUGUUAAAGAGCCGUACAGUUAUUGCCACUGAAAUAUUAAACAAUCAUUGUAAAUUUCCAUAUGGUAAUUAUGUUUCUGACGAUGAUGUGUCAUCAUUUAAGACACAGCCUCAUUGGUUGGCAAAAAUUACAUUUGCUUCAUGUGAUGAUCUUCCAAGUUUGAACGAUUAUUAUGGAGCUCAAUUUAAGUAUGUAAGGGAGACUUAUAAUAAAAUUGAAAGGAAUACAUUAAGACAGGUUUUAGUCGAUAGUGGCUUAAUUGAAAAAAUUACUUUUGACGCCGUUGUGAAAAUUGCGAACGUUCCUCCCUAUCCACAACGUUGUAAUAUGUGUUCACCAAAGCCAAGAAUACCGAAUAUUGACAUCUAUUUGAUUUUUGCUAUUAUAAAAAAUGGGGAGAAUGAAUUUUAUGCCUUUACACAGGAGAACAAUAUUUUGACUUUGAUUAUAAACAGUGGCGAUGAGCAAUCAUUUUCGAAAGCAAUCGUUAAUGAUUCAUCGGUUAGAAUGGAAAUUUUUACACACGCAAUGAUUUUGAAAAGAAUCAAUGAAGAUUACACUUCAUUUAUUUCAAGAGUUGCGGAUAUGAAGACGAAAAAGUACGUAAACAGCCUAAUGACGUACUACAAUGAUCCAACUACUGGUGAGAAAAUUUUUGGUUACUUAAAAUUGCUCAUUCCAUUUUACACCUGCAUUGAAGAUAUAAUAGACAAUAAUAUUGUCGAAGCAACAUUAGGCUGUUCUCUGGAUGUUAUAAGUCUUAUUCCACUUACUGGUUAUUCAUCUAAAUUUGCAAAUGUCCUUAGUGGUAGUCUAUUAAGAGCUGUAUCCGAAAAUUCCGUAAAAAUUGCCACCCUAGGAUUAAAGGAAGGUCUCAAAUUGGGUUUAUUACAAUUAUCAAAAAUAACAGUAACAACUGUCGCAAAGCAAAUUAUCAACACGAAUUUUUUAAAGAAAGUCGCAUUCUUCUUUCUUCGACAAAUUGAUCCUGGAUUUGAACUUUGUUUCCGUUUAGGUAAACUUGGCUAUAAGACACUACACAGUACAUAUCAGUUGAUGUAUAAGAGAUUUAAAAAAUUUUCAUUAAACAAAAAUCUUCUGCAAGUAUUGAAAACAAUGACGACGAAUUUGGAAAAAAUGGUAGUAACGUCUGAUUUAGGAGGAUUAGCGAGAAAGGUUCUUACUAAAAAAAGUGGGAAUCAUCAAAUGAUACGAUACUAUUACCCAGGUGGGAAUAAUUAUAUUGGACCAAAAUGUGCCGAAGCUUUUGGAGAAAUAGUGGAAAUUAGAACGAUUAGAGGAAGAGAGGGAAAAUCUUACGUUAAGCGGAUAAAGACGGAGGAGCAAAAACCUUACUUUCGUGAAUUUGAUAUGAAUACGGGACAUGUUAAUAAGGAAACACUGGAAAUGGGUGUAGAUGGUAUUCUACAGAUUGUAAAGGCUGACAAAAAGAAUAAGCAAUAUUAUGUAAAAGUUGAAAUAAUUAAAGUACCAAAGUAAAACGAUUGCUCUUCUUUCAAUUUAUUGAACGAAUGAGUCAAUUAUAAAAAAUAUUGUUGUAAUGAUGAAAUAAAAAUGCUUGAUCACUAA